GCCCCACGGCCCUGGAAGAGUCCUGGGCACGCUAUGCCCCGCACUGGGCUCUGCAGCUGCUGGGGCGGCUGGGUGCUGCCCCUGCUGCUGGUCUAUGUCUGCUACCUGCUGCUCGGCGCCACCAUCUUCCAGCUGCUGGAAAAGCAAGCGGAGGCUCAGUCUAGGGACCAGUUUCAGUUUGAGAAGCUGCGCUUCCUGGAGAACUACACCUGCUUGGACCAGCAAGCCCUGGAGCAGUUUUUGCAGGUCAUCAUGGAAGCCUGGGUGAAGGGCGUGAACCCCAAAGGCAACUCCACCAACCCGAGCAACUGGGACUUUGGCAGCAGUUUCUUCUUUGCAGGCACAGUCGUCACCACCAUAGGAUAUGGGAACUUGGCGCCCAGCACGGAGGCAGGACAGGUCUUCUGUGUCUUCUACGCCCUGGUGGGCAUCCCACUCAAUGUAGUCUUCCUCAACCACCUGGGCACAGGGCUGCGCGCCCACCUGACCACGCUGGAGAGGUGGGAGGACCAGCCCAGGCGCUCCCAGCUGCUGCGGACCCUGGGCCUGGCUCUGUUCCUGAGCCUGGGGACAGUGGUUGUUCUCAUCUUCCCGCCCAUGGUCUUCUCCCACGUGGAGGGCUGGAGCUUCAGCGAGGGCUUCUACUUUGCCUUCAUCACCCUCAGCACCAUCGGCUUCGGGGACUAUGUCGUCGGCACGGACCCCAGCAAGCAUUACAUCUCAGUGUACCGGAGCCUGGCGGCCAUCUGGAUCCUCCUGGGCCUGGCGUGGCUGGCGCUGAUUCUUCCACUGGGCCCCCUGCUUCUGCACAGGUGCUCCCACCUCUGGCUGCUCAGCAGAGGCCUCAUCCUCAAGGAUGGGGGAGCCCCCGAGACAGACGGACUCCCCAGACUCCAGAAGAUCCCCAUCUCUGCAUGAGGCCCUCCAGUGGCUGCAGGAGCCCCUCCCAGCUUCCCCAACCCCCCCCCAUAUGCCCUCUGGAUUUACUGCCUCCCCUCCUCCUCUGCCAACCCACUCACCUCCCAGCCAGACCUGGUCUCAGAAGGGUUCUCCAGAGAAAGGAGACAGGGGUGUCCAAGAAAGUAACGGAAAGGAGAUAGAGACACAGGAUGGGAGACAGGUGAGGAUGGAGCAAGAUGUGUGCUGUUAUUCCAGAGCCCCUACCUCAAAAGUGAUGCUGAAAAGUUGAAUCUAGACGUGGAUCACUGUGGCCAAAUCUCCAUUGCCCUCCCUGCACCCCCCGCCCCAGGAGACCUUAUAGAGGAUGGCAAACAAAGGGCGGCUUUUUUCUUGCCUCAUUUGAUACGCGCACAUUGUGUUGUCAGGCCCCUGCUGUGUGUCCAGCACUGUGCAGGGCUCUGGGGAAAGAACAGUGACGAUUCCUGCCCUCCAAGAGCAUCUAGUCGACUGCAAGGAAUAGACAGGCAGAGGCAGCCCCCACCCAAUGCCCAAAAUGGAAUGACAGCGACAGACCAUGGUUUGACGAGUGCCCAUGUGACUGGCUGGCAGGGAGAGUCAAGGAGAGGGCUGAGCAGGGACUUUGGAGCCAUUCAGAUAGAACAUCUGUCUUCAGGAAGCUCCCAGUCGGAGGGGUAGGCAAGCUGCCUCUAAGCCUGCCAGUUCCCCUGGCCUAGAUGUCGAGAGCUGUCUGUGAACAAGGCUUAGGCACUCGUGGGUGUCCCACCCAUGUUCCUGAGCAUGGCCUCCCUUGACCGCCUAAGGGCACCCCAUGACCUCAUCAUCCUUUCUGGGCUCUUAAGAGCCUUUUCAAAUCCUCCCUGGGAAAAUGGACACCCAGGAGACUUCUAGGAAAUGAACUUUGUGGAGGCCUGGACUCCCCUGGGAAUGCCCUCUGCAGCCUGGCCUCUGUCCUGCCAGAUUGUGGCAUCUCUGACCAGAAGUUGAGGAGAGAGUUACACCAGUCCAUCCCCAGGCCCAACCUCACCAAGGACUGUAAGCCUCGACCCCUACCUCUCCCAGCAAGGCAGGCCCAUAAGUGGCCGGGGACCUCCGAACAGGACUGAGGCAAGGCUGUGAAGCAGACGAGGUGCCAGGUGGGACACCCAGGGAAGGAUCUACAGGAGCAAGAGACCCAGGUUCCACCCAGCUUUCCAAUAAUGGAGGAGAGGCCUGAGAACCUGAGGACCUCCAGGGGC